UGGAGAGACACACACACAGUUAGGGCUCCAGAGAGAGAAGAAGGAGAAGACGCAACUUUCUCCUUCAUUUUUUUAUUCAGGUAACCCAGUGCGCUUUUUGAUUUUUGAUUUAUUUAUUUUUUCUGAAGGAAAGCGCAAACAGCAAACUCUAAGGCAGCGCGCUGAAUUUGGAGACGCAUUUUUUGGGGGAAGAGAACUCAACGAUCCCGUUCGGAUUUGGAUGUGAAAAGCGGCCAAGGGUGUAAGACAGAGCAAGAGGAAUGUAUCAAAAUCGGGCCGCGGUGCGGGAACGUCUGUGGAGAUGUCCAGCCUGCGCUCUGUGGCUCUCCCUGCUGCUCCAAGGCGUGCUGGACCUGAGCGCGUCCGGAUCAGAGCUUCCCCAGGACCUCGGUGUACUUGCUGCCACCUCGUGGAAUGCCACAGAAGGAGCAUUUAUCCGUCUUGAUGCUCCCAUGAACAACAUAACAACGUCGCUGGGUCAAACAGCAGAGCUUAUUUGCCGCGUCUCCGGGAACCCGCAGCCUGUCGUGCGUUGGCUGAAAAACGACGCCCCAGUGGUGCAGGAGCCAAGGCGGGUCUCCUACCGGUCCAUGCCGUACGGAUCACGCCUGCGAAUCCGCAACCUGGACACCACAGACACGGGCUACUUCCAGUGCGUUGCGGCCAACGUGUAUGGUACCGUUUCCACAACAGGAGUUCUGUUUGUCAAAUUUGAUCCACUCCCUACACCUCUAUCAGGAAAGCCAACGGUGGAUCUGAAUGAAGAUGGAUUCUGCCAGCCAUACAGAGGCAUAGCCUGUGCUCGUUUCAUCGGAAACCGCACCAUCUAUGUUGAUUCCCUGCAGAUGCAGGGGGAGAUUGAGACUCAAAUCACAGCUGCCUUCACCAUGAUUGGAACUUCCAAUCACUUGUCCGAUCGUUGCUCCCAGUUUGCCAUCCCCUCCCUUUGCCACUUUGCCUUCCCAACAUGCGACCGCACCUCAGGCAUUGACAAACCUCGGGACCUUUGUAAGGACGAAUGUGAGAUCCUGGAGAACGAUUUAUGCAAGACGGAGUACAUCAUCGCCCGCUCCAACCCUAUCAUACUGAAAAGCCUAAAACUGCCGAAUUGUGACGAGCUAGCUGCUUUCGACAGCCCAAAGGCAGCCAACUGUUUAAGAAUUGGGAUUCCCAUGGCUGAACCCAUUAACAAGAGUCACAAGUGUUACAACAACACAGGGGCAGAUUACAGAGGGACAGUGAGCGUGACCAAAUCGGGGCGUCAGUGUCAGCCAUGGAACUCGCAGUAUCCUCACAGCCACACCUUCCUGGCUGUCCGUUACACAGAGCUGAACGGGGGCCACUCGUACUGCCGCAACCCGGGGGAAACCCAUGAAGCCCCCUGGUGCUUCACGCUGGAUGAAGGUGUCCGCAUGGAGCUCUGUGACAUUCCUAUCUGUGACCAUGAAGACAAGUCAGGUGGCAGCAUAAACAUCCUGAAGAUUUUAGUUCCCAGUGUGUCGAUCCCGUUAGCCAUAGUUUUGCUUUUCUUCUUCAUCUGCGUGUGCCGCAACAACCAGAAGUCUUCCAGGCCCCCCGCUGCUCGUCCACCGAAACCAGUCCGAGGUCAAAACGUUGAGAUGUCAAUGCUCACAACUGCCUACAAACCAAAGAGUAAAGCCAAAGAGCUUCCCCUGUCAGCGGUGCGUUUCAUGGAGGAGCUUGGGGAAUGCACGUUGGGGAAGAUCUACAAGGGUCAUCUGUACCUGCCAGGCAUGGAGCAGGCACAGCUUGUGGCCAUUAAAACUCUGAAAGAUAUUUCCACCGCCCAGCAGUGGACAGACUUCCAACAGGAGGCCACCGUGCUGACAGAGCUUCAGCACCCAAACGUGGUCUGUCUGCUCGGUGUGGUUACCCAAGAGCAGCCGGCCUGCAUGCUGUUUGAGUUUCUGCCACAAGGGGACCUCCACGAGUUUCUGAUCAUGCGUUCGCCGCACUCUGAUGUCGGCUGCAGCAGUGAUGAGGACGGCACUGUAAAAUCCAGCCUGGAUCAUGGAGACUUUCUGCAUAUGGCCAUACAGGUUUCUGCAGGGAUGGAAUAUCUAGCCAGUCACUUCUACAUCCAUAAAGACCUGGCUGCCAGGAAUAUUUUAGUCGGUGAGCAGCUCCAUGUGAAGAUUUCUGACCUGGGUCUCUCCAGAGAGAUCUAUUCCUCCGACUACUACUGCCUCCGGCCUAAGACUCUGCUGCCCAUCCGCUGGAUGCCCCCUGAAGCCAUCGCCUACGGGAAGUUCACCACGGACUCGGACAUCUGGUCGUUUGGGGUGGUGCUGUGGGAGCUCUUCAGCUACGGCCUGCAGCCCUACUACGGCUUCUCCAACCAGGAAGUGAUGGAGAUGGUGAGAAAGAGGCAACUGCUGCCCUGCCCUGAGGAUUGUCCACCAAGGUUUUAUGGCUUGAUGACGGAAUGCUGGCAGGAAGGACCCACACGGCGGCCGCGCUUCAAAGACAUCCACAGUCGUCUGCGAGCAUGGGAGGGGCUGUCUUCCCAUGCCAGCUCCAGCACGCCCUCUGGUGGAGGAGGUAACGCCACCACCCAGACAACCUCGCUCAGUGCCAGUCCCGUCAGCAAUCUCAGCAAUCCCCGUUUUGCCACCGCCGCUGGGUAUCUCUACCCUGCCCAGGCCAUCCCUGCGCCGGGACAGAUGGCUCCAAUUCCGGCCUGGACGCCGAUGGCCGUGCCCCAAACCCAUCAGCGCUUCAUCCCCGUCAAUGGAUACCCCAUCCCACCAGGGUACGCAGCCUUCCCAGCUCACUUUGCAGCUCCGGCUCCGCCCACUAGAGUAAUCCAGCACCACCUGCCGCCUCCUAAGAGCCGCUCGCCCAGCAGUGCCAGCGGCUCCACCAGCACGGGUCACGUCAGCGGGGUGCCUUCCACCACGGGCUCCAACCACGAGGCCAACACGCCGCUGCUCUCUCACUGCGUCAUGCCUGGAAACGGUGGAGGGCAGGGCCAGGUUUACGGACAAGUUUCCCAAAAAGGGGUGACGCAGAUUGACCACGGUUCGCAAACUGCAGCUCUACUCACUCCGGACUCUGACGUGCUGAUGUACAAUGACUCGGUCAUCACCGCAGACCUGUAAACAGGCAAAGGUAUGUUCACUCUCUUCCUGCUCGAGGACCCAUACGUGAGAAGCUCUGCUUCUCAGCCAGGGAGCGGGAAUCACAGGUCAUCUUUGAUCAAAGUGAGACCAGGCAGAUGCAGACUUGUACACACUGCUGUUUGUGCAGAAACAAAAAAACUUUGCUGCAACUGCAUUGCAUUGCUGUAUUGCAAACAGAUGUCUGACUUUCCUUACUGUUUAAAGUGUACUUACUAUCAUGGCUUAACAAUGUUACUAUGGUAAUCUCUGUAAAUACAGUACAUAAAAGUGUUGUGUGAAUGAUGAAAAUACAUACAAAUAUAUAUUCAAAAGAACUUUUUAAGACGAGCAGUGUGAUGGUAAAAAUGAAAACGUAGCAAGUCCGCCCUGCAUCCGUUAAAACAGAUUUUAUUUGACCCUGGCAGUGAGUGUCUGUCUCUCUUAAUAGACUGUUUCAUACAGAGACAUAAACAUUCAUAAGACUUCCUUUGGGUGCCUUGCAGCUACGCUCCUGAAUACACACAUCGACCCAAGAAAUAAAAUGCUUAGUCAAGCAAGACCAACUGUUGGCUUUCAGUGAGAAGAUCAACAUGCUGGUUUCCUACUCCACCCUUUGGACUCAGGACUCAAGCGUGUCUGGUAAUGUGCCUUCCUGAGAGCCAGCAGUUCUGCAGUGAAAUUUAGACGGCAUCGACUGGGACGGAGCUUGUGCUUCAUUGUCAAGGCCAUUCAUUAAAAUCACAAGAGAGGGCAUCCCAAUUAAUAACAUAUCCUAGAAAAUGACAGCUGAAUGUUUGCAUUUGUUUUAGUUUAUUUGCAUUUUCAACAUGAAUGACGCUUUCUCUUUGUAAAAAUCAUCUUCCCCUCUGUUAAACUGACCUCAGAGUUGCUCAAAACAGAGAAGUGUGUUCCAUCAGGAUCCAGAUGACAUAUAUCCUUUCCGUAGCUAUCAGUUUUGUUGUUGGAAAUAGGUUUAAAGAAGAUAGUUUGUUUUUUUAAAAAAGACAUUUUUGUCAUUUGAUUGUAGUCAGAGUCAUUGUAGUUUGGAGAAUUAGGAAGAAACUCUCAUGGAGGAGUCAAACUUCCAGCUAAUCAAAAUGGGAGCCAUACUGGUGUGAAUUUCAACAAUCUAAACUCAAUUAUAAAAUCUUUGGACCUGAUCACUAAUCCAAGACAUGGUUUUUUUAUGACGUUGCUAUUUUCUCCACCAAAUAAAAACACUUUAUCAGCCUUAGUCAAAUUAAGUUAAAAGAAUGUUUGGGACAGAAUAGAGAGAAAGAAGAUCUAUUUACAAUUGCUAUUUUAAUAGCUAACUCCUGGUUAACUCUUCUAUAUUUCUGAGGUGAUUUAUUUUUAGAAAUCAUUGCAAAAUCUCCCAUUGAACUAAAAGAAGGGAUAAAAUGGCAUGAUUAGAGCCAUUUUCCUCGAUGCCCUACUUUCACAGGAGUUUGUCUUCAGUCUCCUAUGAAAAGUCGUCUCAUGUUGGAUGUUUUCUGUUAACUUUUCUGCUAAAAUGAGAUUUUGUUUUACGUUUGAUCAAAAUUGAGAUUUCCUUGACCACCUUAAUUAACUUUAAAAACUAAAUUAUCCCUUUAAACUCUAAAUCCAACACAAACAUUUAGAUAUUUUUUGACUGAACAUGUUCUGAUGCCUCAUUUAAAAAUUUUUUUAAAAAUCAUUGCUUUCCAGACUUGCAUUUGUGCUUCUUUACUAUUAUUUCUUAUGUUUUGAGAAAGGAAUUGUCAUCCAGGAUUGCAAUGUUGGAAGUUGAAUUGUAAAACACAAAGUGCCUCUGCCAGAUAACAUCACGAAGUAACUUUUUGGGGUCUGCUAUUUAUGUGCGAGAAACGAUACUAUUAGUUGUCAUGGUGUGUUUGAGAAGGGUUUUCUGUCUCUGAAAGAUUUUUUUUUCAUUGAUUACAUUCAUGCACCACAUUCUGUUGAUCUAGCAUUUAGUGUUUUAGCAUGCAGGAUAAAAAGUAAGUGACCCAAGAAGCGCUGUGGUGGAAAAACAAAUCAUUUCAAAUGUGUCAAGAUUUUUCCACAUCUAUAUUUAUUUUCAAUGUAUUGAAAAAUGGCUUAGAUUCUCUGAUAUUUUUUUUUCCAAAAUGAAGAAGUGCGUGUUGUGUAAAUGCUGAACUCUGUCCUCUCUUUUUGUUGGGUGGUGAUGUCAAUUAAUUACUAAAUAUGAAGCCUUCGUUGUAUUUUUUAAGGGUUAUGAUACCUUGAGAAGCAGUUCAUCAAUGAUUUUACCAUCAAAAGUCUUCCCCUUUUUUGUAUUUGACAAUCCUCAAAAUGUGUAUGUUCAGACAGAUACUCUCAGCUGUGCUCACGCAAUUGUGUGUCAGACUAUCAGUCAGCUGCGUUUGAGAGUUUUAAGUGCAGCACAGAAUUUUUACUAACAAAAUAACAUUUGUAUUAAUGCAGAUGAUAAAUAUUAUUCUGUAUUUACUUUGAGGUUUAUUCGAUCCAUUCAGCGUCCUCUUACUGUGAAAAAGGGCUACUGCUUUAACAAUUUCUACAUUAUGGAUUUCGAUAAGAAAAACUGAGUUAACUGUCCAUGAAAAGCUUUUUCCACAUUUUGGAGUUUUAAGAACAUUUCAAUGUUUUGAAGUACAAUUUAAUCUCUAUCUAAGAAGUCUGUCUUCUUUCUAUUUCUGUUUUGUUUCUAAAGUAGACGGAGCUACCUAAACCUGAUUUUGUUCACUUCCACCACGUAACGGAUGUGUGAGUGCAAAAACCACUUGUACACAAGACUGUGAAUCUUUAUCAAGUCUAUUUUUGUUUUGUUUCAUUGGCAAGACCAUCAUAAACCUGACUUUUUUGUCAUUUACUUUCAAGAACCAACACAGAUUUAUACUCAAACAAGGUUUACUCACAUAUUGACCAAGUUAAGCCUUGUCUUUGUAAUUUGUCUGAAUAUUUUUGCACAGGUGUUUUUGUAUUGCAAAAAUCAUUAUUAUUAUUAAAUGAUG